AUAUAUAUAUAUAUCGUUGGUGUCGUAGCUAGCCAUCAUGUCGGCGUUCGGGAAUCGAGUGUUUGGUGAAGAAAUUAAUGAAAAAAGCCUAAUAACUGCGCAUGCAGUGAAUGAUCAGUUUGGUGGGGUCACUGUGAAAAUGCCCCUGGCCCUGCACCCCAUCGACGCUGCUGUCUUUGGCUCUGCUCUUAGAUCUUCCAUUUCUCGUUGGAGACAGCAGGGAAAGAAAGGAAUCUGGCUGAAUUUACCCAUCGAGAUGGUCAAUCUGGUGGAAGCUGCUGUUAAGGAAGGAUUCUGGUACCACCAUGCAGAACCGAAAUACUUAAUGCUUAUAUAUUGGAUUCCUCGAGGAGCUCAUACUCUCCCUGCAAAUGCUUCCCACCGAGUGGGUAUUGGUGCAUUUAUCAUGAAUGAAAAAAGAGAGUUGCUAGUUGUCCAAGAAAAGUAUGGAGCUUUGCGGGGGAAAGGAGUCUGGAAAUUCCCUACAGGAACUGUCGAAGAGGGGGAAGACAUCUGUGCAGCAGCAGAGAGGGAAGUAAAAGAAGAGACGGGAAUCGACGCAGAAUUUGUGGAAGUACUAACAUUCAGACAAACCCACAAGUCGUUCUUUGAGAAGUCGGAUUUAUUCUUUGUGUGCAUGCUGCGACCCCUUUCCUUCGAUAUACAGAAACAGGAUUCAGAGAUAGAGGCAGCUCAGUGGAUCCCAUUCGAGGAAUAUGCGGCACAGCCAUAUGUCCAAAAACACGAGCUCAUGAAGUUCAUCAACAAGCUAUGUUUGGCGAAGAUUGAUAGCGGGUAUUCUGGGUUUUCUGCAGUGCCAGCGACAUCAAGUUCUUCUUCUGAUAAAAGGAGCUAUUUGUAUAUGAACACUACUAAAUCAUAUGGGGCCGCUCAGCAGGGAGUAAUUAACAGUUAGAAGACACAUCACAUGUGCAAUUAUUUAUUUGAUUCAUAUUCAUGUUAAAUAUUUGUUGUAUGCCUUACAUGAGUCGUACUGCAACGUUGCAUAUAUAGGGUAUGUAGUUCUCUUCAUGAGAAGUUGAUUUUCCAACAUUCUACUGGCAUUAGUAUUCGAAAUGUAUCCAAGGAGAAAUUAUAGGCCAAGUUAACAAUAUUGAGAAGUACUUUAUGUGGUUGCAUAGAGGAUUAUUUUGUAAAAUAAAUGAAAAUUUGAUGGUUCAUUACCUUAAUUUUUUUAUAUGUACGUCAUUAAUUUGUAAUCAUGUGGACUUGUACGUUUAUGGUCAAUGAAUGGGUCAUGAAACCGUACGUUCAAGGAGUCCAAUACCUGCAUUUGUUAGGUGA